AGAUCACUCAAGCCUAAAUUACAUAUUGAUGAUUAAUAAUAUGAAAAUUUACAUAAUUUUGUUAAAAUAGUACCAUGGUCAAUGAUAAAUAAUAUUAACGUAUUUAAUUUGAAAUGAAAUAUUCAAAUAAUCCAUAAUUUCAAUCAAUAGAAAAGGUUAGAAGAGGUACUUUGAUAUUUGUUAUCCACUUUAGAAUCUCCAUAAACUGACAGAUUAAAAGUUUUAACUGAAAAGUGGUCAUCAUUAAAAUAAGGAUUGGAUAAAGAAAAGAAUGAUAAAAAAGAAUUAGUAGAAUAACACAUCUAAAGAAUUGAAUCUCUUUUAAAUUAAGAAAGACCUAAAGAGGAAUAAAAGUUUAAAACUUUAAAAGACCAUCUAUUGAAAUUACAAGAUUAAGUUUAUUAAGAAAAGAAUGAUAGAGAAAUAUUUGAUGAACUAAAACAAAAGGAUCUUCGUAAUUUUGAAGAAUAAUUAACAUAAUAAGUUGAAGAUGAAAAAAGUGUAUAUAUUUGAAUUUAAUAAUGAAAUAGAACAAAAGAAAAUUAGAAUUAUAAUUGUUAAAACAAAUAGAAGAAAGGUUUAACAAUUUAAAUUCAAAUCUAUAACAGAAUAAUGGAUCAAGCAAAGAUAAAACUAAUAAAUUAUUGCAAAGUAUUAAUUUAUAAAUGAGUGAAUUGAAAUAUUUAUUAGAAGGAGAAACACAAAAUAGAGAAGAUUCAUAAAAUAAUUUAAUAGAACAAAUAGAUAAUUAGGUUAAUGCUUUUUAAGAUAUGUUACAUGUUGAGUAAUAAAUUAGGGAUGAAACUUAAAAGAAAAUAUUUAAUAUGAUUGAAGAUAUACAUUAACGAAUUUAGACUGAAUUAAGAAGUGAAAAAUAAUAAAGAGAAUCUAUGGCAGAUUAACUAUUAAGAUUAUUAGAAGACACUUGUGUGAGAAUUGAUGAAUAGUUUAAUAAUUGA